AACCUGUUUUUAGCAGUUGACGACACCACGCGGGAUGGAGAUUCUGGACGAGAACGUCGUGCCGACCGUCCUCGUCUCGACCGCCGACGCGGCCACCUACCGCAACAAUGCGGCGAUGCGGUGUGCGAAAGCGCUGCAGUUUGAUGUCAAGCGAGAGAUUGCGACCAGCGGCUGGAGCCUCGAGGACGACCGGCUCGGCCUCAAAGUCUACGCCAAGCCGAUGCCGGGCUCGUCCGUGGCACAGUACCUUGCGAUAGGCGCCCUCCCCACGACGCUUCCUAGCCUUGUCGACGCCUUAUACGCUGAAACGAGCAACGACCAAAAGAUCCUCGACUCGAUCUUGCUCGAGCACGACUUUGUCAACGCCGGUGUGCUCUCGGUGCUCGAGGCGCGGCAGAAGGACGACAUCGGCGACUUUCUCGGACUCAAGUACCUUAAGUUUAACAUCGCCAUGUCAUCGGCGCCGCGCGACCUCACCUACAUCGAGCAUUCGGGCACGCGCAUCAAUGAGCAAGGCGCGCGCGUCUUGAUUGUGCUGCGAGAGUCGGUGGCGCUCUCGGCGAUGCCCGAAGUGAAAGGCACGACGCGGGCGACGAUGCUGGCGAGCUUUGUCUACACGGCGAGCCCGCGCGGCGACGUGGACGUGGCCUGUCGAUGGUUCAUGGACCCCAACAGCUCGUCGCUCUUGCUCAACUGUGGCGCUGCCAAGGUGCGCCACAUGCUCCUGCGCACCGCGACCCUUCCCGCGUACCGUCGCAUUGUGACCCGGCCGCCAGCGUCGUCCUGGGUGCCCGAUGCCGAUCGCAAGGCGUGUGUGGUGUGCAGCAAGCGGUUCAACGCGCUCCGGUCCAAGCACCACUGCCGCCUCUGUGGCGAGAUCAUGUGUAGUGGCUGCACGACCAAGAUCGUGUACGUUCCGGCCUGUGCGUCCCAAGCCGUCACGGGCAAGUAUUGCACCGAGUGCGUCGUGCUGGCCAAAGCAAACGGCAACGUGGACGUCGGAACGUCGUCACGACACGGGUCGAUCACCUCGACGAUCGCGUCGACGUAUGCCUCGAGCCCCGACGUCGACGAUGGCGCGUCCGACGUCUCGUCCGUGCGUUCGUUGCGCUCCAACCGGUCGAUGGCGUCGCUUCGAGAGCGCGCCUCAGUCGCCGCACCGCCGCCAGCGCCGGUGCCAGACGCGACGAUCGGGCAUGGCUUUGUCGCACUCGACUUGAAUGCGCCGUCGAUUGGCACCACCGUCGUGGAGGAGGUUGCACGUCAAGUGACCCGACGUCUAAGCGCCGAAGUCGACGUCUGAGUCCUUGCCAAUAGAUCGUGCAGUCAAGAUACUGCAUGCACAAACAAGAAUGCAUCUUCCUCGUGU